AUGUCGUUUAUGCAAACUGGUCCGACGUCCAUGUUGAAGGACGGGUCCACCUUCCUCGAUGAUCCUGUCAUCAAGAACAUCGAGGCUUGUCGCGAGCUCGCAAAAAUCACGCGCAGCUCCUUGGGUCCGUACGGAUUGUGCAAAAUGGUGGUCAACCACCUCAACAAACUCUUUGUGACGCACGACGCCGCAACCAUCCUUCGGGAAGUUGAUGUUGAGCACCCCGCCGCAAAGUUGCUGGUGCAGGCUUCCCAAGCCAUGCAGGAAGAGGUGGGAGACGGCACGAACUUUGUUGUUGCUCUCGCAGGGGAACUACUCUCACAGGCAGAAUCACUCGUGCGGAUGGGUCUUCAUCCAAGCGAAAUUGUGGAAGGGUACAAAAAGGCAGGAAACAAAAGUCUGGAAAUACUUGAAACCUUGGCGAUCGGUACAGUGGAUGAUGUGCUCCUCAAGGAACAAGUACUUGCCCCCAUUCGCACAGCCAUUGCCUCAAAACAAUACGGCUAUGAGAAUUUCUUGGCAGACCUAGUUGUUGAAGCCUGCAUCAACGCAUGCCCUUCUAACGUUCGGUCUUUCAAUGUAGACAACGUGCGGGUGGCAAAGCUAGACGGUGAUUCGGUGCUGGCAUCUAAGAAUGUCCGCGGGUUUGUGAUUGCGCGCAGUCCCGAGGGUACUGUGCGUCAUCAGAAACAUGCCAAGAUUGCCGUGUAUGGCUGCGCGGUUGACGUCACGUCGACAGAGACCAAGGGAACGGCGUUGAUUGAGUCAGCUGAAGGACUUAUUUCCUAUUCCAAGAGGGAGGAAGAAGUCAUGGAAGGGAUUAUCACAAACAUUUACAAGACAGGUGUGAAUGUCGUUGUUUCCAACUCCACCUUUGGCGACCUCGCACUGCACUUUCUCAAUCGCCACGGCAUCAUGGCGGUUAAGGUUUCCUCCAAGUUUGAGCUUCGACGUCUCUGCACUGCUGUAGGGGCUCGAGUUCUCGCCCGGCUCGAUGCACCGACUGUGGAGGACAUCGGCUCCUGCGACAACGUGGAUGUGAGUGACGUGGGUGGAAAGAACAUUGUCUCGUUUGUUCAAGACAAGGAUGACUCUAAAUUAUCAACCAUUGUUGUACGAGGGGCCACGAAGAAUGUUCUGGACGAUGUUGAGCGUGCCCUUGACGAUGGUGUAAACGUAUUCAAGGCUCUUACAAAGGACAAGAGACUUGUAGCUGGGGCAGGUGCUGUGGAAAUGGAACUGCAGAAGCACCUUACACGCUAUGCUGAGGCAAGCCCUGGUCUUGACCAGUACGCCAUUCGCAAAUUUGCGUCUAGCUUUGAAGUUGUCGCCCGAACCCUGGCUGAAGUUAGUGGCUUCAAUGGGACAGAUGUUGUCACACAGCUGGAGGUUGACCACAAUGCCGGCAAGGUGCAUCAGGGUGUCGGUGUGGAGGACGGUACCACAAUCAAUGCCCUAGAGGCAGGCAUUGUGGAACCGUACCUCACAAAGUACUGGGCGAUUAACCUGGCCACCGAGGCGGUGUUAACGGUGCUUCAGGUAAAUCAGAUCAUCGUCGCUAAGCAGGCUGGUGGCCCCAAGAACCGUCCGGAUCAGGCAAGAGACGAGGAGUAA